UCUAGAGCACUUUACGACACCGUUGACAACUGGGACUGUCCUUCUUUCCAGUGUAUGUUCUGCAGCUCGUGUAUUUUAGUUAUGAAUUGGGUUUUUCACUUAAGCAGACGGUAAAUGAGUGUUUUCGAUUUAUUUCGCGGGUUCUUCGGGGUACCUGGAGGUCAUUAUCGAGGCCGAAGGGACCCCUUCUUCGAUGCCAUGACCCAUGAUGAUGACGAGGAUGAUGAAGAUGAUGAUGAUGGAAUCCACUAUGAUGGCUUUCGAGGGGAUCAGCAUGACCCCUUUGACAGCACCUGGAGGUUCGGCUUCAGCUUUGGCCCAAAUGGGAUGCGGCUUCAGGAGCCUCCAGCAUUUGGCCACAUCCUCAGGGAGAUGGAGGAGGUGUUCUCUGAGUUGGGCCGCUGGGACAGGCAGCAAGAGUCUGGACACUUUGAUGUUCCCAGUAUCAUGCCACCACCACCACCUCAGGACACACCAGAGAGGGGUGGAGGGAACCCCCUGCGAGACUUUAUGCUGAAAUCCCCUAACAGCGACCAGCUAGGGCCCCAAGCUGGGCCAUCCAGAGAGCCCAGAAAUGAUGGCUGCCCUUCUUUUGAGUCACCAGACUUCCCCAGUUCCCCAUUUCAUGGCUGGGCUCCUUUUUCAAAGUUUAAUGAUAUUUGGAGACGAGAGUCACAGAAACAUCCAGAGGAUGAGCGUAAAGAAGACAGAGAUCUGGACUCAGCAGUGUCCUCUGGUGGUUUGGAUCAGAUUCUGUCGCCACCUGCUGGUCAGACACAGAGCCAGCCCAGGACCAGAUCCUUCUUCCAGUCAGUCACUGUCACCAAAGUGGUGAAACCUGACGGGUCUGUAGAAGAGAGGCGCACAGUCAGAGACGGCCAAGGCAACGAGGAGACCACAGUGACCCGUUCAGGAGGUCCUGCGAGCCUGGAUGGAGCAAACCAUGAAACAGGGCCCAUCCUACCAGGUCAGCUUAUACACAGUGAUCAACACCCCUUUUUGGACAUGCGGGAUGAUAACUCAUUAUUCUCUAAGUUCUUUGGAGGGUUUAAAUAAGAAGUGAAUGAUAUAUGCUCUCUGGACUGUUUUAACCAUAGCAAAUGUUUCCCCAAAAACAUAUCAGUACACAAGUGUUUCUCUAGAGUUGUGACUUCUAUUUAACAUCUUCUGUAUGUGUGUGGAGGAUGUGAACCCUCUAUUUUAUACGGCUCCUCUAAAGAUGGACAGACCUUGCCAAAGUUUGUGUUGAAUUGGGGAUUCCAACUGGCCACGUAGACUAGAAGCUGCCAAUCCCGAUGACUAGUGAUCUUUACAAACCGAGGACACAGGAGGCACUAAACAAUCCACAAUUGCAUAUUUUAUUUUUGUAUCGUCCUGUAGACAAAUCUAUACGGACGUGAGUGUGUGACGAAUAAAAUAAAGAA